GGGGCAGCAUGAUUGAUCACUUUUGUCCAAAAAAAAAACAGCAUUCUCUCAGUGUGAUUGCGGAAAUCUUCAGGGCUUCAUAUCGGUCGCCAGUUUUACCUUCUAAAGUUUCAGACUCAGAAGACUUGGAAUGGAGGAACUGCUCUAUGAUGUCCCAUUCGUGUGCAAGUCAUGGCAUAGAGCAAGCCACAAUCCAUCAUGCUGGCAAUCUCUCAUUUUUCCAGACAUUGAUCAUAAUGCUGUUGACGAAGAUGAGAAUAUCAAAUAUGAUGCUUCCUCUGCGGACAAUGAGUCCAAACCUCAGAGUUUUGGUGCUUUCUAUGACAGAUUCAUGCAUGAAUAUCAAAUUGACAGCGGUCGUUUCUCAAUCGGCGGUAUUAUAAAGGUUGUCAUCAAGCGCAGCAACGGACUUCCUACUGUUCUUAAGCUACCUCAAAACUCCACAGAAGAAGUUCUUACGUCUGUUUCAGAUGUCUGUCCUGGACUUAAGUUUUUGUCUCUAUCGUGUGACUGCAAGUUCUCAAUCCUUUCAAAGUACUCCCUCGCAGUUCAGGAACUGAUUACGAAUUGUACAAAUUUGGAGACUUUGUCAUUGGAAAGCAGCUGCCACCGCUACCGCAACCAGAGAUUUAAUCAUGUUGCACUCCUGGUACAGAUCAGCAUUCACUGCAAGAAUGUUGUAGAUUUGCGCGUGUCGAAUUCCCAGCUAUGUAAAUAUGGGACAUUCUCGAUUGCCACCUUGCUGCCUAAAAUAAAGUACUUGAGCUUUAGGAAGUGUGACAUUGAUCAAAAAGAUCUCAUCAGCUUACUGCUGAGGUGCAAAGAGCUAGUGCUUUUGGAUAUGAGAGAUUGUGUAGGUUUUAAGGUUGACAAUGAAAUAUCUAAGCUUGCUUCUCAUAUUAGCACAUUUGUGUAUUAAGUGUUCUGUAGACGCAGUUGUCAGCUAUCAAUUGAACAUGAUUGAAUUGAUGGAGACAUAUAACUCAGGACUGAUGUUAGAUUUUGUUUUUGUAUUGCAAUUGAAGAUGUAACAGGUUCCUCUGUUAUGUCAUCGGAUAUGUAUCAAUAUGUAUCAAUUUGAUAUUUCUCUGUGACAUCUCUGACUACAUUUGUGAGCAAAAAGUGUGUUUGAGUACAGAUCCUUUGUGUACUGUGACAAUAGAAGAUUACUUUCAUU